AUGGAGCUCGGCGAGAUUGUUGUGACUAAACAUCCCAAUGAGAAGGAACUGUACAAGAAGGAGAUGCCAAGAGCCCAGGACCUGCUGUGGAGAAGUGGAAACUGGAUCCACCAUGGUUUUGGAUAUCUCACAGGAGAGAUGAAAGAAUAUGGAGAGUGGGUGAAAAAGAAGCCCUUAAUGGUUCAGCUGGUGGACUGGAUCUUGCGAGGGACCUCUCAGGUGAUGUUUGUCAACAACCCUCUCAGCGGGCUGAUCAUUUUAGUGGGGCUUUUCAUCCAGAGCCCCUGGUGGAUGCUCACAGGCUGCACUGGAACCACUGUGUCCACAUUAACUGCACUGGCCCUCAGUCAGGACAGGUCAUCCAUCGCGGCUGGGCUGCACGGCUACAACGGGAUCCUGGUGGGCCUGCUCAUGGCCGUCUACUCUGACAAAGGGGAUUACUACUGGUGGCUUCUCCCCCCUGUGGCAGUGAUAUCGAUGGCCUGCCCAGUCCUGUCCAGUGCUUUGGGAUCCAUCUUCAGCAAAUGGGACCUUCCUGUUUUCACUCUGCCCUUCAACAUUGCGGUGACCCUGUACCUGGCAGCCACAGGACACUACAACCCCUUCUUCCCCACAACCCUCAUCAAGCCUGUAGCUGCAGUGCCCAAUAUCACCUGGUCUGACAUCAAUGUGCCACUGCUCUUACAAUCCAUCCCAGUUGGUAUUGGUCAAGUGUAUGGUUGUGGAAACCCCUGGACUGGAGGCAUUUUCCUCGUGGCUCUGCUUAUCUCCUCCCCACUGAUUUGUUUACAUGCUGCAAUUGGAUCAGCCGUGGGGAUGUUUGCAGCUCUGAGCAUUGCAUCUCCGUUUGACAGCAUCUACCUUGGCUUACACAACUACAACUGUGCCCUGGCCUGCAUCGCCAUCGGGGGCAUGUUCUAUGCCCUGACCUGGCAGACACAUUUGCUGUCCCUUGCCUGUGCAUUAUUUUGUGCUUACUCCGGAGCAGCUCUUGCCAAUGCCCUCUCCGUGCUCGGGCUGCCGGUGUGCACCUGGCCCUUCUGCCUCUCCGCGCUCCUCUUCCUUCUGAUAACCUCGGAAAACCCGGCCAUCUACAAAAUGCCCCUCUGCAAAGUCACCCACCCAGAAGGCAACCGCAUCUACUACCUGAGAAUGGGGAGGAGGGCCUCGGAGAGCAGCAGGGAGGAGCAGAAGCAAAUGGAGCAGAACCCCUCUGACAGCUCAGUCGCAAGCACUGGGGGCACCCCGCUGUGCACCCCCAAGAGCCGCCACGCUCACUGA